GGUUGGUUGGUUAGUUUUUAUUUCGAUGUCAUCAGUUCAAAACUUACUUAUGAAGGAGUUCUAAAGAUAUUUUUCAAAAGUUGCCUUCUUAAAAAUUACAUAAUUUUUGAUAUCCUAUAAACGUUAUUAGCAUGGCUGGAUCUGCAUUGCGGCGGCUUAUGGCAGAAUAUAAACAACUGACUUUAAAUCCUCCUGAGGGAAUCAUAGCUGGUCCUGUCAACGAGGAAAACUUCUUCGAAUGGGAAGCAUUGAUUACCGGACCCGAAGGAACUUGUUUCGAAGGGGGUGUUUUUCCAGCUAAAUUGUUGUUUCCUUCCGAUUACCCUUUGAGUCCGCCAAAAAUGCAAUUUAAUUGCGAAAUGUUUCAUCCAAAUAUUUAUCCUGAUGGUCGCGUUUGCAUAUCCAUCUUGCAUGCUCCUGGAGAUGAUCCGAUGGGUUAUGAAUCGUCUGCUGAAAGAUGGAGUCCUGUGCAGAGUGUUGAAAAGAUUUUAUUAUCUGUCGUGUCCAUGCUAGCUGAACCUAAUGACGAAAGUGGAGCUAAUGUUGAUGCUGCUAAAAUGUGGAGGGAAGACCGAGAACAAUUUAACAGAAUAGCUGAUCGUUUAGUGCGGAAAUCGCUUGGUUUGACAAACUAAAAAGUUCCCAUUUCUCUGAAUAUUAUGCAAUAAAUUUGCAUUCUGAAGGAAUUUCUCAUAUUCUCUACUUAUUAUUUGGUUGAGACAUGAAAUUGUUUUUGGGUUACUUUGAAAUAUUGACGUUUUCCUUAAAAAUAAUCAAGCCAUCUUACAAUUACUGCAUGAAAUAUUUGUAUCACAUUUCACAAGGUGUUUGAUGCAACAUUAAAAAAUUAUUUCUUAAUGUACUAUAUGGUCAGAAACUUUCAUUUUUUAAUGAAAGUUAACUUCUGUGAAAAUUUGAAGCAAUUUCUUUUGAUGGCUCGAUAUUUCUUUAGCAGUUACUCAAAUAUAAACUAAGUCAAACAUGUUACAGCUAACUGGAAUUGUCAUCAUGUGUUGAUCAAUUUUCAGUAGACUAUUUCCAAA